CACUGACAGUAUGCGGUACCAUAGGAAAUUAUUGGCCAACAUUCGUUCGACGGAGAACUGAACAAGUUGAAGAUAUUUACGAAAUUAUUCACCACGACUAUUGUCUAGACAAGUCUUGUUACAUGAACACUCCAGUUCCGUUUCCACCGCUUUCAGCAUCAGAGAGAGGCGUCAAUCAAGCUUCGCUAAGGAAAGAAGAAGCCCCGGCCGCUCUUCUUCAGGCUCGUCGCCUUUCUGACAGUGGCCGAACAGACAGAGCUCUCAAAUUGUUUAGGCGAGCCCUGGAGGCUGAUCCGGAGAGUCCAGAUGUUUUGACGCAAUACGGGAACUUUAUUGAAAUGCAAGAGAAAAAUGUCAUCAAAGCACAGCAGAUGUACGCAAAGGCACUCGCUGUUCGGCCAGAUCAUACUGAGGCGAUGACAUCAAACGACAGAAUUUUGCCUCUAGUUGAAGAGAAAGAUCAUGAAAUGUUUGAAAAAAUUGACUGGAAACGAGGUCUGCUCCGUAGGAUUCCCGUCACAGAUGUAGGCUUCAACCGCGCCCGACGAGAAAACUAUUUUAUUCAUGUGUAUCACACACUGGCCAUAGAAGGCAAUACAAUGACGCUGAGUAUGACAAGAUCAGUUUUGGAGACUGGCAUGGCGGUUCAAGGGAAGAGUUUACUCGAACACAAUGAAAUACAAGGAUUAGGAAGUGCUCUUCAUUUCAUCAACCAGAGCUUGCUCUACAAAGGAAAGAUUGACUUAGAAGAUGUGCUUACUCUUCAUCUGCAUGUGUUUGGACAUGUACAACCCAGUGAGGCCGGCAGGUUUCGAUCUUCACAAGUCUUCGUCGGUGACUAUCGUCCACCACCACCAGAAGAUGUUCCUCCAUUUAUGAGGCAGUUUGGUGAUUGGCUGGAAAGCAGAGAAGCAAGAACAUUGCACCCAAUAGCUCGAGCUGCAUUGGAUCAUUAUAAAUUAGUUUGGAUUCAUCCAUUUAUGGAUGGAAAUGGAAGAACAGCUCGGUUAUUGAUGAAUGUUAGACUGAUGCAAAACGGAUAUCCUCCUAUUAUCAUCAAAGUGGGAGAACGUCACGAAUAUUACCAGUAUCUCAAUGAAGCUAAUGAGGGAGAUGUACGACCAUUUGUUCGAUUCAUUGCAGGCAUAACAGAGAGAACGAUAGAUGAAUAUCUUGAUUCAGCUGCAGACAGUCAUUUUAUACGUGAUGCACAUGCAUCACAAGCAGGCAGGGUGCCAACACAACAGAACGGUUUAUAAAGGAGAUUUGUUGAUUUAAAUGAUAACAGAUAUCAAGAAGU